GAAAAAAGCGUUGUUCUUGUUAGUUGUUGUAGAUGAAUACCAUUUACCGGCUAUAAAUAUUUAUAUUAUAUUAUAAUUACUACACUCAAUAUUUAAAAUGGCUGUAAACAGUGCCACGUCCUUCGUGUUAUCAUCCAUAUUAACUUUGUUAAUAUUUUCUGGAAUGCAGAUGUACAAACCCAUUUUAGUAAGCUCACCAGCAACAAUCAUACUUGGAGGAUACCUUGGAUCACUAUUGUUUAUGUUUAUCGUUACUGCUGUUGGAAAUUUAGAAGCCACCUUGUUCGGUAAAAAUUUCCAACUGAAGUUGCCAGAAAUCAUCCUUUCUAUGGCUAUUUCACUUAUAGCUGCUGGAAUGGUACACAGAAUUUGUUUUACAACCUGCUUAAUCUUUUCGCUGAUCACCAUAUACUACAUGAAUAAGUUAUCCCAGAAGACUUAUGCCACCACAGUCGCUGCGCCAGUACAAGUCAAAGGCAGACGUCACAAAUAAUUUCAAUACAUAAUCUUUUUAUAAAUAAAACAAAUCUUAUUAA